AUGGUGAAUCGAUAUCUGAAAGUGUACAUAUCCAAUGACUAUGAUAUAUUUAUCUUGAGAAAGUACAUCGAUCAUCUAUCCUGCAUUUUCAAUAUCACUCUGACUGAUCUGGAACUCCACUUCCAAGACUUUACACGAGAUGAAAACGAAACAAUCAUCGAUUCAUAUUGUGGGAAUAGAAGAGACACUAAUUGUGUGAAAUCACUGAAAUUGGUUGGAGAAUCAGAGAACACACCAGAAGAUGAUGAAAUACUGUAUCACAUUCUGAGGCGACAAAAGGCGAUAUGCGAAUUGACACUCGACAUAAAACCAACUCCUGAAUUCUCUUUCUAUGGAGACCGAUUCCGAAUCUCAGCUGGACUAAUCGCGGUUAGAUCUGAAGAAACAAUUGAGGGUCCAGAUGGUCUUUCACACAGAAUAAAGUAUUCUAUUCGUCGUGGCGAUGGAACAAUUGGAGAGUUUCUCGUAGAAAACAAUAAAUAUCUAUAUAUCAAAGCCAGAGGAAACACUGAUAUUUCACUCUCCACAUUCAUCUCGAAGACCAAAUCAAUGAUGUGA